AUGACAACCACGACACCAUCGCUGACUGGCCUCGCCGAAGCUGCAUCACAAGCAGCGACAGCUUUGGCAGUGAAGCUUGAGAAAGGCGGAUAUUCGGCUCCGUCCUUUGAACAAGAUGGCCUUGCCGACUACCCAAAGGACCCUGAGAUCAUUGGUCUUCGCAUGCAGCUGCUCGAUGCCACCACUGACCUCUACCGCCUUGCUCUUGGGCCGACUGAUUCAUCGUUUAUGGGUCCUCUUCUUGCAUUUCACGAUGCAUCUGUCACAAACAUCCUGAAUCAAUUCAACUUCUGGAACGCUGUACCAAUCGGGGGGUCAGCAACAUAUGCUGAAAUCACUGCUCGGGUUCACCUUCCAGAAAGUAUCGUGCGCCUCGUCCUCAAGUACGCCAUCUCAAUACGGAUCUUCGCUGGUGCCAACGAUAAGCCUGAUAGCGUUUGUCAUACUUCUUUAUCUGCUCUUCCUGCCCGGAAUCGUCUGUAUCAGAAUUGGCUUCGACAUCUGUUGGAGGAGGCCGGUCCUGGUUCACUUCACGUUGCAGAGUCACUCAGGAAGUUCAGCAACGGCAAACAGGAGCCUAGCAAGCCGAAAGGCUGGCGUAGUGCGAGAUUCGCCGAGUGCAUGCAAGUAGCAGCAUCGGCCUCUGUCAUCAAGACUGAUGACUUGUUGAAGUCGGCUUAUGACUGGAACAAGCUUGGUGAAGCUACCGUGGUCGAUAUUGGUGGUUCUAGUGGUCAUGACUCCACCACCUUUUCUCAGGCGUUUCCCAACUUGAAGUUCAUUGUCCAAGAUCUUCCCCAACUUCAAACCUCCUUCGAUGAGCAAGUACCUGCCGAGAUCAAGUCUCGGGUCAAUUUUGAGCCGCAUGAUUUCCUGCAGCCCCAAAACACCCAAGGCGAUGUUUAUAUGCUCAAGAUGGUUCUCCAUGACUGGCCUGAUAAGUAUGCGGCAAACAUUCUCAGGCAUCUGGUACCGCACCUUGAGUCUGGUUCGCGAAUCCUUCUUGUUGAGGCCGUGGCUCCUCCAGACACAGCGGCACUUCCGUUCGCAACGCUGAGCCAUAUGCUCAACGCUACAGACAUGCAUAUGUUGCAGUUCUUCAACUCUCAGGAGCGCAACUUGCAGGACUGGACCAAUCUGUUUGCAAAGGUAGACGAGCGGUUGACUCUCACGUAUGUAUCUGAAGUUCCUGGAUCUGUGCACCAGUUCCUUGAGGUUGGACUUCGUACAUAG